AUGGAAAACAAGGCUAAGAAAGAUUCAUCACAUGUGCAUCAUUCUUUGCACGAAGAUUCACACACAAUAUGCAAAACCAAUUAUAAGCCGAAGAUACGCAUAAUUCACAUAUAUGCACCGGAGAUUAUCAAGACCGAUGUGGAAAACUUCAGGGAACUGGUUCAAAAGUUAACUGGGAAACCAACAAGUGAAGAUCAAAGUAUCCGCAAGAAGAAGAAGAAGAAGCAGCCAUCAACGACCAUAAGGAAAGAGAAAGAAACAAUAAGUAGGAGUACAAGCGGCAAUGAUAAUGGGGUGUUAGAGAAUAAUCCAACCAAGAAAAUGGAGCUGAGGAAUGAUGAUAGUGAUGAUGGUGGUGGGGUUUGGGGGUUGGAUGAGAAAGUCAAAGAAGAAGAAGUAGGAAGUUUUAGAGAUGGAGGAGGGUUCUCAGAUUUGGAAGGUUUUAUUUCUGAGUUGUUUCCUUUGGAUGCCACUCAUCACAUGCAAGGGUUUGUGGAAAAAUUGUAUGCAUAAAUUUUCGAUCCAA